UUAUGUUCACAUCAACCCAACUUUCCAUCUCUUUCUCUUAGCAUAAAAGCCACCACUUUCUCAGAUCCCUCCAUCUCUAAUAACCCACAACAUUUUCAGCUUCUAUUCUUGUUGCAAUCUCUCACAAUGGCUGAUGAGACCAUCACUGAUUCUUUCAAAGAGCAAGAUUGGUUCCUCCCCCUAGCUAAUGUUAGUCGUAUCAUGAAGAAAUCACUUCCAAAAACCACGAAGAUAUCGAAAGCUAAGGAGAUUGUCCAAGAAUGUGUUUCUGAGUUCAUCAGCUUCAUUACUGAUGAAGCCUCUGAUAAGUGUCUAAGAGAGAAGAAAAAGACCAUCAAUGGUCAUGAUCUCCUAUGGGCCAUGACAACUCUUGGGUUUGAAAACUAUGUGAGGUCUUUGAAGGUUGUCUUAACAAGUGCAGAGGUCGAGACUCAGGGACAAGGAGAGACGGAUAUCAUGGCUAGACAAGGAUUUAAUAAUGGGUUUUAUUCCGUCGAUGCCCAAGUAGUUCCUAAGAACUUUAGGGACGAAAGGAAGGGUCACCAGCCAUGGAAUAAAGAACUAGAAAAUGGGUGGUUUUUAAAUGGGUAGAAUCCAUGAAAACUAAAUGAAGGACAUAGCUAAUCACUAUCAUGGUGAUUCAAAAUAUGGGUUACUACCUUCUCUUUCU